AUGUUCCGGAGACGGGAUAAUCGCAGAUCCGAGCCCGAUCUCGAUCCUCACCUAUGGGAGUUAUCCCACUCCCCGAGCUGGACGACGUCGGCGUCGGCGAAACACCCAAAAACAGUCAUCCCUGACCCGUCGAUAUUCCGCGACUCGAUCACUCCGUCGCUGGAAAAUGCAGAACAGGGAUCGGUUCGAGGCUACCCCACCCCGGGUCACCUCGCCGCGAACCUGGUCCUUAUCGAGUGUUUCUUGAAGUUCAAGGACGCCGUCACCACCACCCACAAACUCGACAUACUCGAUGUGCCGACCUAUUCGAACGCACAAGCACCAGAGAAGUCGAAAACUGAACCCGAAGGCGCACAGGCGAGCCAGCGAUGGGACACCGUCGUCCGCCUGGCCAUUUCCCGCUUUCAAAUCUGGUUCGAGAACAUCGAAUCCCUUCUCCGACACGCGGCCGCCUACCACAGAUAUGGCGCCAACAGCAGCGCCCACCACGCCGCCAUCACCGCCGAUUACCUGCCUCCUCUGGAUGUACUGAUGGUGUGGUACGCCUAUAUGAACCAUCCGGCUUCGUACCGCGACGACAACCUGGCUCACGGUUCCCCGAAACUCUUGGAAAUACCUAUGCCGUGGGAGGCGAUCCUUGCCGUGAUCGACGUCGAUACCUGCACCUACAGGCCGCCGGCCGCUGCGCAAAAGCUCUUCACCACCACCACGACUCAGAGUCCAGAUAUCUUAGUCUAUCUGAGGGACCCUCCCCCUUACAGCAAUCUGGACCCACAUAUGGUCUUUUCCAUCGACUUGGCCUCUGCUGUGCACGACCUUUUGGAUGGCGCCAACUUCAUACCGCAGAUGCAUGCUCUUCUCUGGCUGCGCUCACCUUCCCUGGAAGGGACCCUCGCUCGAGCACUCGCCCGGUAUGCAGCUCUGCCUGAAGCCACAGGGUUGCGCGCCUCGAUAUGGUUCGCCCGUGUCAAGGCCGACCCUGCCCUGGAACUGGUAUGGCGGACCCAUAUGCUCUACCCCAUGGCUUUUGCCUCGUCUAGUAAUGCGACGUUUGGCGGCGACGCCCUUGUGGCGAUGGAGGGUGAAGAGUCACGCCAAGAGCAACUGGACCUCAUCAGUGAUAGCACGGAAAAGCUCGAUCUCACGCAGACGUGGAUUGACGACAGCGCUGAUUCGGAAUCGUGUUAUUGUUGGACGUGUGAAAGAAUCCGAGAUGAGGUCCCGAAUUAUGUUUACCGACCCCCUUCCGCGUCGACCGAUACGAGUCCGAACCUUGGGACGCCGUCGUCUUUCAGAAACCCUGUGUUCCCGAGAGAAUCUGCCAAUGUCAACCCGCUUCUCUGCUUAACGACAGAUCAAAUAUCGGAGAUCAAGGCUGACGUUGCCUUUCAUCGGCACGUGGAAGCAUUCCGCCAAGGCAACCCACCGGGCACGCCACUUCCCACUCGACCACUCACGGCUCGUGCGAUGGCAAGACUCAAACAGGAACAGGAUUCCAAGGCACGUGCAGGCCAGUACUACGGAACAGGGUAUAAGGUCGAAGUGAUCCGACCGGCAGUGUACGAUCCAUCGACAGGUAAACUGUUGAAGAAGGAAAAGACCAAAGUAACGAGGGGGAAGAACGCGAGUAUUAUAGGGGAAUGGGGCGGAAGAAUUCUGGGUAUUUAG